AUGCUUUCUCUUCCCAUUCCCUCUACGACGCCCUCUUGCUCCUCUCCACCCUCCUCUCCCCUGCUGAAGCGAAGGAGACCUGCAAAACUCGACAUUCCCGCUGCUUCUUUUGCUUUUACGAUAUCGCCGGCCCCGGCGCCGUCUCCGGCGAUGGACGCGGUGGUCGAGGUAGAAGGACGCGGGUUUUAUGUGUUCUGCAAACGGGGAAGGAGGCUCCACAUGGAGGAUCGUUACUCCGCUGCCGUUGAUAUUCACGGGGAACCCAAACAGGCUUUCUUCGGCAUAUUUGAUGGGCAUGGGGGCACAAAGGCUUCGGAAUUCGCUGCACAUAACUUGGAAAAGAACGUGUUGGAUGAGGUGGUUAGGAGAGAUGAAAGUGACAUUGAGGAGGCAGUGAAGCAUGGUUACCUCAACACAGAUUCUGAAUUCUUGAAGGAGGAUUUUCAUGGUGGCUCUUGCUGUGUGACAGCAUUGAUAAGGAAUGGUAACCUCGUUGUGUCCAACGUGGGGGAUUGUCGUGCUGUGAUUAGCAGAGGGGGUGUGGCAGAAGCCCUCACAUCUGAUCACAAGCCUUCAAGGGAAGAUGAAAGGGACAGAAUUGAGACUCAGGGUGGCUAUGUUGAUGUGUGCCGUGGUGUGUGGAGGAUCCAAGGAUCAUUAGCUGUUUCUAGGGGAAUUGGUGAUAGGAACUUGAAACAAUGGGUGAUAGCAGAACCUGAGACCAAAGUUCUUAAAAUUGAACCGAUGCAUGACUUAUUGAUCUUAGCUUCAGAUGGCUUAUGGGAAAAGGUUAGCAAUCAGGAAGCAGUGGAUAUUGCUCGUCCUUUUUGUGUAGGGAACGAUAGACAACAACCUUUGCUGGCUUGUAAGAAGCUCGUGGAUUUAUCUGUGUCACGAGGCUCUUUGGAUGAUAUAAGUGUCAUGAUUAUCAAGUUACAAAACUAUGUUUGA